CCCGCCGCCCUGGGCGGCAUCCCCAGCCCGCCCAAGAGCGAGGAGCAGAAGAUGGUGGAGCGGGUCAUGGAGAGCUGCGCCUUCAAGGCGGCGCUGGCCUGCGUGGGAGGCUUCGUCCUGGGUGGCGCGUUCGGCGUGUUCACGGCCGGCAUCGACACCAACGUGGGGUUUGAUCCCAAGGAUCCCUAUCGCACCCCAACGGCCAAGGAGGUCCUCAAGGACAUGGGGCAGCGGGGCAUGUCCUACGCCAAGAACUUUGCCAUCGUGGGCGCCAUGUUCUCCUGCACCGAAUGCCUUGUGGAGUCGUAUCGUGGAAAGUCAGACUGGAAGAACAGCGUUAUAAGCGGCUGCAUCACGGGAGGAGCGAUCGGCUUCAGAGCUGGUUUGAAGGCAGGGGUCAUUGGCUGUGGUGGAUUUGCCGCGUUCUCCGCAGCAAUCGAUUACUACCUACGGUAACAGCGGGAUCCUGCGGGGACAAGUUUCCCUUCUGUUCCAGCGUUGCUGGCGAGAGCCUGCGUCACAGCAGAGGAAUCAUCAGGCGGCCCUUUCCACUGCCUCUGGAGCCCUGGUCAGCGCAAGCUGGAGGGUGCUGGCUGCUUUCCUGAAUGACUAACAAUAAUCUGGCUGCGAGCCUUGGCGUGCUGCUCCAGGCAGAAUUGCAAGAGUAUGUGAGGAUGGAGCAAGCAGACGCAGGGAGCAGGAUCACCAGGAUGGAUCAGCUGACUGUCAGUUUCCAGGAAUCAAGCCUGGGCUCUGAGUUCUCUAGAUCCUUUGGGUCUGAUUUUAAUUAAAUCUGUUGCGAGCAUCGAAAGAGGCAGUAGGACAAUCUUUGUAAAGAAAUGCUGUGGUUUAGGUUAAUGUAUAUUUGAACAUGCUGAAAGUGUUUAGUAGUUAAUCAGUUUGCAGCUUGCUACUCUGUUGGGGAGAAGUAAGAUCCUGUGGAGAAAUACUUUGUUCCAGGCUUUUCUUAAAAUACCAGCUGAAGACAAACCA